AUGACCACCGAAACCUUCCUCGCGAGGCUCUGCGAGCAGGCUGAGCGUUACGAUGAGAUGGUUACAUACAUGAAGGAGGUUGCCAAGCUGGGCGGCGAACUUACCGUUGAUGAGCGAAACCUCCUGUCCGUCGCAUACAAGAACGUGGUCGGAACCCGACGUGCUUCCUGGCGCAUCAUCUCGUCGAUUGAACAGAAGGAGGAGUCUAAGGGUACCGAUAAGCACGUGUCAACCAUCCGAGACUACCGUCAAAAGAUCGAGACCGAGCUUGAGAAAGUCUGCCAAGAUGUCCUCGAUGUCCUGGACGAGUCAUUGAUCCCAAAGGCGGAAUCUGGGGAGUCCAAGGUUUUCUACCACAAGAUGAAGGGCGACUACCAUCGUUAUCUGGCCGAGUUUGCUUCCGGUGAGAAGCGCAAGGUUGCUGCUACUGCUGCCCAUGAGGCCUACAAGAAUGCUACCGACGUUGCCCAAACCGAGCUUACCCCAACCCACCCCAUCCGCCUUGGCCUGGCCCUCAACUUCUCUGUCUUCUACUAUGAGAUCUUGAACUCACCAGACCGUGCCUGCCACCUCGCCAAGCAGGCCUUUGAUGAUGCCAUUGCCGAGCUCGAUUCUCUGUCCGAGGAGUCAUACCGUGACAGCACCCUCAUUAUGCAACUUCUCCGCGACAACUUGACGCUUUGGACAUCAUCGGAUAGCGGUGAGCCUGAAGCCGCGCAAGCUGAGGCACCGAAGGAGGCUGAGAAGGCACCCGAGGCUGAGGCCAAGCCAGAGGCGGAAGCUGAGCUCAAGACCGAGGCCGCUCCCGCACCUGCUGCACCUGCUCCGGAAUCUUAG